AUGGAGGGGGACGGCCAAGGGGGUGUUUUUCGUAAGGAGUGCGUAUCAUCUCCAAAAAGAACGAGAGAUGCAGCAGAGGGCUCUGCCCAGUCCAAAACUAGCACGCUAUGGAGGCACCUUUGGCAACUCCCCAUCCAAAAUGCAGAAAAGCAUUUUCUGUGGCACGCCUGCCACGAUUCCCUGCCCACUAGAGCAAAUUUAUGUUCUCGAAAGGUUCUAACAGAUCCUAGUUGUCCAAUAUGUGCACGCGAGCCUGAGAUGCUUUUUCAUACUUUAUGGAUGUGUCCUGCGGCGCGCGAUGUCUGGAGUGAAGGAGGUGCUUGCUUCCAAAAAAGCAGCUUUGCGGGGCCUGAGUUUUUGCAGGUUGUUGAAGGAAUGAUUAGUAGGUGUGAUCGCUUGGAAUUUAUCCAAUUUGUGGGCAUAGCUCGUCGACUAUGGCUUAGGCGGAAUGAUUUUAUACACAGUGGGCUGUUCACACACCCGAUGGUUCUCUUUAAGCAAGCUCUUCAGGUGACAGAGUUGUUCCAAACCCUUACGGCUAGAAGGCAGACUGACUGGGUCUCAAUGGCAGAAAGCUCGAAUACAGCAUGGACAGCACCCCUUCCGAGUUGGUUUAAAGCCAACUGGGACGCUGGUGUGGACAUCAAGCAGGGACGCGUGGGAUCAGGGGCUGUUCUGCGGGAUCACCAGGGCAAGAUGUGGGCAGCACGAAGCCAGACAAGACAUGGCUUCCUGGAUCCUUCAGUGGCUGAAGCUUUGGGGGCCCUGUUGGCAGUGCAGCUUUGCAUGGAGAUGGGAAUACAGCAAGUUCAACUAGAAGGCGAUGCUAAAAAUGUAAUCAUGGUAGUGAACUCUGAAGCUUCGGAUGAGAGUAGCAAGGGACAACUACCUACAGACAUACGCUCGUCUUUACGGGCCAUAUCGGCCUGGGAAAUGAGAUAUGUACGCAGGGGGGAGAAUAAGGUGGCUCACGCGUUUGCUAGAUUGGCGGUGAAUGAAGAUGUUCAAAUGGUGUGGUUUUAUAACACUCCGGAAUGA